AUGAACAAUCCCAUGUACCAGCGCAGGCUGCAGGCUGACUGGCUGGAAAGCAGCUCUGGAGAGAAGGAUCUGGAGGUCCUGGUGGACAGCAAGCUGACCACAAGCCACCUUCUUGUGAAGAAGGGCAGCACCCUCCUGGGCUUUAUCAGGAAGAACAUUGCCAUCAGUUUCAGAGAUAUUCUUCUCCUCUACUCAGCCAUUCUGGUGUGGCUGGGACUGAAUUUCUAUUUGUUUAUUGAUACCUUCCACUGGUAUGAAGACGAAGAUGCUUACAUUUAUACACGGAUUAUGCUGGGAUCAGCCCUGGCUUGGGCAAGAGCUUCUGCAACGUGCCUUAAUUUUAACUGCAUGCUAAUCCUGUUACCCAUCAGUAGAAACCUUAUUUCAUUCUUAAGAGGAGCAAGCAUUUGCUGUGGAGAAGCACUGAGGAGACAGCUUGACAAAAACAUCACAUUUCACAAGAUGGUUGCCUAUGGAAUAGCUAUAAAUGCAACCAUCCAUAUUGUUGCCCACUUGAUCAACAUUGAGCGGUAUCAUACCAACCAAUCUACAGAAGGGGGAGUUACGGAUAAACUUUCUGGCCUUGGCAAGAGUCCAAACGAAAGCUAUUUGAACCCCAUCAGGACCUAUGAAACAAACACAACAGGAGAGGUACUAGCUACCAUCACCGGAAUAACUGGAGUUGUGAUAAUUGUGGCUUUAAUUCUGAUCAUGACUUCAUCUACUGAGCUCAUCAGAAGGUCAUGCUAUGAGGUGUUCUGGUAUACCCAUCACCUCUUGGUAGCUUUCUUCAUUGGUUUAAUAAUCCAUGGUAUGGGUCAGCUUGUUCAAGGUCAGACGCCUCAGAGUCUGCUGCUCCACAACGUCACUUACUGGAGAGAUCACUACUUGGAAUGGGAAAAUGCCACUCAGUGCCUUUUGCCUCAGUUUUCUGGCAACAAACCUGUGGCUUGGAAGUGGGUUUUAAGUCCUGUGGUGUUGUACAUCUGUGAAAGAAUUGUUCGGUUUUGGAGAUAUCGACAGGAGGUGAUCAUUACUAAGGUGGUGAUGUAUUCCUCUGGAGUCCUUGAGCUCCACAUGGAGAAAAUGUGGCUUUAAAAAUGUGGCUUUAAAAAUGGCUUUAAAAUGGGACCUGGUCAAUAUAUCUUUCUACAGUGCUCAUCUGUCUCAUGGCUGGAGUGGCACCCUUUCACCCUCACCUCAGCUCCUGAGGAGGACUUCUUCAGUGUUCACAUACAGGUCAUUGGGGAUUGGACUGCAGCCCUCUUCAAGGCCUUCGGAGCACAGGAAAAAGCUUUCAAGGAAUUGUGGAUGUUACCAAGACUGGCUGUGGAUGGACCAUAUGGAUCAGCAACCACAGAUGUCUUCCACUACCAAGUGAGUGUGUGCAUUGCAGCAGGAAUUGGAGUCACACCAUUUGCCUCUAUUUUAAAAUCCAUUUGGUACAAAUCCUGCAACCCUAACAGAACUGGUGCUGCAGAAGACAUUAGACAACCAGAGCAUGCUGUGGUAGUUUAUUUUUACUGGAUUUCUAGAGACCCAUCAGCAUUUGAGUGGUUUGCUGAUCUUCUGUUCCAUUUGGAAUCAAAAAUGGCUGAAAAAGGGAAAAAUGAUUUUCUAAGCUAUCGUAUAUCUCUUACAGGCUGGGAUGAAAGUCAGGCUACUCACAUAGCCCUACACUAUGAUGACAAGAUGGAUGUAAUUACUGGAUUGAGACAGAAGACCUACUAUGGAAGGCCAAACUGGGACAAUGAGUUCAAGCAAUUAGCCAAAAACCAUCCUAGCAACAGUAUUGGAGUAUUCUUCUGUGGACCCGAGAAUCUCUCUAACAUCCUUCAAAAGACAUGCAACUCAUAUUCAUCAAUUGAUCCAAAAGGAGUUCAUUUUCACUACAACAAAGAAAGUUUCUAGGCUGUAUUUCUUAACUGUGUAAUAGGUAUUACCAAAUCCUGUAUUUUUAUCUCACUUUCCCCUGUCCUCUACUCAAUCUGCACCAUUUAGGCCAGAUAUUAGGAACUGUAAAUUGACAUAGGUACAUUAACUUCAGUAGAAAAAUGCCAUCUUAAGGCCACUAAAGAUUUGGACUCCAUCCUUAGCCUUUCCUUCAAAGAACUGAAGAGCUGAUUCUUCUUUCUUACUUAAUGAUGCUGUGAAUCCAUCUACAUCUGUGUGAAAACUAC